CGCCGGCCCCGCCCUCACCUGCGGCUGCUCGGCGGGGCGGGGCCGCCCCGCGAUGACAAAGCAGCGGCAGCCGGGCCCGACUGCCGUGGGGACCGGCCGGGCGCGCAGGGGCGAUGAUGGGGCGGCCAUGGCCCGGGCCGGCAGCUGCAGCGGCGACGCGGCGGCGGGGCGGCGGGCGGGGGGCGCGGGGCCCGAGCCGUGGGAGCUGUCCCUGGAGGAGGUGCUGAAGGCGUACGAGCAGCCCAUAAACGAGGAGCAGGCGUGGGCCGUGUGCUUCCAGGGCUGCCGCGGGCUGUGGGACGCGCCGGGUCGGCCGCGCCUCCGGGAUACGGCGGACAUCCUGCUGCGCCGGGACGGCACGGUGGGCGCGCGGCGGGAGCCUGGGGCCGCGGAGCCCACAACGAUGGUGGUGUCGCCGGCGAGCUGGGAAGCCCAGAUGGUGCAGUCGCUGGGCUUUGCCAUCUACCGCGCGCUGGACUGGGGUCUGGACGCCAGCGAGGAGCGGGAGCUCAGCCCACAGCUGGAGCGGCUCAUCGACCUUAUGGCCAACAGCGACUGGGACGACGGCGGCUGCGGGGCGGCCGACGAGGGCUACGGGGGCCCCGAGGAGGAGGAGGAGGCCGAGGGCGGCCCUCGCGCCGUGCGCACGUUCGCCCAGGCCAUGCGGCUGUGCGCGGCGCGCCUGAGCGACCCCCGAGGGGCGCACACCCACUAUCAGGCUGUGUGCCGCGCGCUCGUCGCGGAGACGCUGGAGCUGCGCGCCUUCCUGGCCAGGGUGCGGGAGGCCAAGGAGAUGUUGCAGAAGCUUCGGGAAGAUGAGCCACAGGCAGAGAAGUCCCUGGCGGAGCUUGACAACCUGGGACACACUGACUGGGCCCGACUCUGGGUCCAGCUCAUGCGGGAGCUGCGCCACGGAGUGAAGCUCAAGAAAGUGCAGGAACAGGAGUUCAACCCGCUGCCCACCGAGUUCCAACUCACCCCCUUCGAGAUGCUGAUGCAGGACAUCCGAGCCAGGAACUACAAGCUGCGCAAGGUCAUGGUGGACGGAGACAUCCCUCCCAGGGUGAAGAAGGAUGCCCACGAGCUCAUCCUGGACUUCAUCCGCUCUCGGCCUCCGCUGAAACAGGUCUCGGAGAGAAGGCUCCGCCCUUUGCCCCAGAAGCAGAGGACCCUGCACGAGAGGAUCCUGGAGGAGAUCAAGCAGGAGCGGAGGCUGCGCCCAGUGGGGGGCGAGCGCUGCGCCCCCCGGAGUGAGCGUGGGUUUGGCUCUCUGCCCUGCAUCCUCGAUGCGUGCUCCGGAGACAUCAAGUCCGCUUCCUGCAUCAACCUGUCCAGCCUGGAUGCUGGGAGCAAUGCCCAGCACCCACGGCCCCGGGUCCUGCUCAAGGCGCCCACCUUGGCAGAGAUGGAGGAGAUGAACACAUCUGAGGAGGAAGAGUCGCCGUGUGGGGAGGUGACGCUGAGGCGGGACCACUCCCUGUCGGAGCACGACCUGGUCCAGCUGCGGAGCGAGGUGGCUGCUGGCCUGCAGCCAGCCACUCAGCCCCCAGGAGGGCUGGGGCCGCCGCGGCCCCGCGCGGGCAGUGCGUGCGCCUGGAGGCCGAGCACCCAGGAGCAGGGUCCCUACCCUGUGAGCAUCCAAGCUCAGCCUGACCCCAGUUCCCUGCAACGCAGCAACCUGGGCUCAGCAGAGGACAGGCCGGACACCCACCACCUGUGGCUGGAGUUCAGUCACCCUGUGGAGAGCCUUGCUCUGACUGUGGAGGAGGUGAUUGGCGUGCGCCGUGUGCUGGUGAAGGCCGAGAUGGAGAAGUUCCUGCAGAACAAGGAGCUCUUCAGCAGCCUAAAGAAGGGGAAGAUCUGUUGCUGCUGUCGAGCCAAGUUCCCACUGUUCUCCUGGCCGCCCUCCUGUCUCUUCUGUAAGAGAGCUGUCUGUGCUUCCUGCAGCAUGAAGAUGAAGAUGCCUUCUAAGAAGUUUGCACACAUCCCUGUCUACACACUGGGCUUUGAGAGUCUUCAGAGGGUGUCAACUGCCAAAACCACAUCGGCACAGAAAAAAGACACCUUCCAAUCCCUGCAGGGGCCCCAGUGGCAGAGUGUGGAGGAGGCAUUCCCACACAUCUACACCCAUGGCUGUGUCCUGAAGGAUGUCUGCAGCGACUGCACUAGCUUUGUGGCGGAUGUGGUGUGCUCCAGCCGCAAGAGUGUGGACGCCUUUAACACACCUCGACGUGCCCGCCAGACCCAGUCCCUGUACCUCCCUCAUACCUGGACUCUCGACUUCAAGUGAAGGUCCUUGACUACUCUGGGCCACCUGGGCAGUGGCUUUUCAAGGUGGCCAGGCCUCCAGGGAGGAGCCAGGCCAGUUCUGAAGCAGGCCGAGAAACUGCCCAUCUUGGGGUGCAACUGCCAGCCGGCCCUCUUGUGCAUGUACAUAUAUACAUAUACAGACACAUUUAUAUAAUAUAUACACACAGCCUAUAUAUUUAUAUACCUGCUUCCUGGCCCCAGAGUUCAUUUGGGGUCAGGCUAACUCCAGGACCCUCCCUGGGGGAGGCUGUUUCCUCUGGGGAUCCCCUGGGUGGGACAAGGGAUGGAAUGGGAAUGUUUUUUCACUCAGAUGGGAUGUAGGGCAGGUUGGAGGUAGGGCACAGGAUUCGAGAGACACUCCCACUCCCGCCACCCAUGUUUGUUCUCUUCUCCAUCCCAAGGAUGAGACCAUGGCAGCUUCCCCUCCCUGGGUGGAUGUCCAGGCUGGAAUGGGCACCUUGGCCCAGGUGGACGGGAGCAUCCAGCUUGCCCCUGCACUCAGCAGAGACGUGGGCUGCAGCAACACCUGGGAGCCUCUGAGUGGGUAGAGACCCUCCUGGUGCGUCCACCAGGCAUCCCUUCCAAUUGGAGGGUCUGAGGCUAAGCAUGCUCCUGGCCCUCUGCCCAGCAUCCAUGCCCUAGCUGUCUGCCACAUGGAUGGUACUUCUGUCCUCCUCACUCAAGAGGUCCAGGAAUGGUGCUGCUCUGAGAGCCGUGGCAAUGCCGGGUCCCAGCACUGGGAGCACCUCUGAGAUCUGUACCACGGCCACCCUUGGCCUAAUAAAGGUGAUCUCAGUC